AUGUCGUCCUCAUCCGGGCCACCGUACAUGCCACAGAUAGCACAGGUAGGCGGCGUCCCUACAGUUGCGAUAGACGUACCGAUAUCAGCGUGCCUCAUCUUUGUCUACAUCUGUCUGGCAGCAACACAUAUGACGAUAUUCCAACUGAACCGAAAACGAGAACACAAGUUCGUGUUCUCAGCGAUGCUCUUCGGCUUCUCUGUGGCACGAACGGCCGCCUUGUCCAUGAGGAUUGCAUGGGCGACACACCAGACCAAUGUUUCUAUUGCCAUCGCGGCUAGCAUCCUCACACAAGCCGGCGUCAUUGUUAUCUUCAUCGCCAACCUCUUCUUCGCACAACGCAUCGUGCGAGCGUACCACGCAACUUUCGGGUGGCACAAGGCAUCACGCAUCGUGUUUCGCAGCCUUGUCGGUUGUGUUGUUGCCUGUCUGGUCAUGGUCAUCGUGUGCACUGUACAGUCGUUCUACACGCUCGACGCGGGUAUCCGGUCCAAGGAUAGAGACGUGCAGCUGACCGCUGGUGUCUUCUUGGCCUUCCUUGCAUUCGUGCCCGCCCCAGCGGUCACGAUCGCUGCGUUGAUCCCGAGCAGCAAGCGCGUUGAGAAGUUUGGCCAAGGCCGCUUUAGAACCAAGAUUGCGCUUUUGAUCUUCACUUCUCUACUGCUCGCUCUAGGUGCCGGCUUCAGAAUAGGCACCAACUUCGCGCCGAGAGCAGCAAACAACCCUGCGUGGUACCACUCCAGGGCUUGCUACUACUGCUUCAACUAUGCCAUCGAGAUAAUAGUUUCUGCCUUGUACGCUGCCGUCCGGUUCGAUAGGCGGUUCCACAUUCCCAACGGGGCCAAGGGUCCUGGCGACUACGCAAAGGGUGCUCAGCUGAGAGUCAACACCGAGGCGGAGACGUUUGGCCAAGACGACAGCGCAGAUGACGAGACGGUUGUGGGAUCGCCAUCAGCAGAAAUAAUCACAAAAGAGCAGAAUAAAGAGAUGGUUUAG